CUCCUAUAUAAAACCACACAUCGCUCUCUCUCUCUCUCUCUUCCUCCCAUCAUUUCUCUACUCUCCGACGUCCCUGCUUCGUUUUCCGGUCACUUUUUCCGAUCAGCGAAAUGGCCAAAGGUCCAGGUCUCUACACCGAGAUCGGCAAGAAAGCCAGAGAUCUCUUGUAUAAGGAUCACCAGAGCGACCACAAGUUCACCAUCACUACCUACAGUGACACUGGAGUGGCUAUUACUUCUUCAGGAACAAAGAAGGGCGAGCAGCUUUUGGCUGAUGUUACUACUCAGUUGAAGAACAAGAAUGUCACUACUGAUAUCAAAGUCGACACUGAGUCCAAUCUUCUGACUACUGUUACCAUUGAUCAACCUUGCCCUGGCGUUAAGGCAAUUCUCAGCUUCAAGGUUCCUGAUCAGAGGUCUGGCAAGGCGGAACUCCAGUACUUGCAUGACUAUGCUGGGAUAAGCACCAGUGUUGGAUUGACAGCCAACCCUGUUGUCAACAUAUCUGGCGUUCUGGGAACUAACCUUCUUGCUCUGGGUACUGAUGUGUCUUUUGAUACCAAAAUUGGGAAUUUCACCAAAUGCAAUGCUGGUUUGAACUUCUCCAAUGCGGAUCUUGUUGCAUCAUUGAACCUGAAUGAGAAAGGUGAUGUGGUCAGCGCAUCUUUCCAUCACACUCUCUAUCCCGAACUAAGCACUGCUGUAGGAGCUGAGAUUACUCACAGAAUUUCCAGCAGUGAGAAUACCAUCACUAUUGGUGCUCAGCAUGCCCUGGAUCAAUUGACCACCGUCAAAGCACGUCUGAACAACUCUGGCAAGGCCAAUGCUCUUAUCCAGCAUGAGUGGCGCCCAAAAUCAUUCUUCACCAUUUCUGGAGAGGUGGAUGCUAAAGCCAUUGAGAAGAGCGCCAAGAUUGGAUUGGCUCUGGCUCUCAAGCCAUGAGCUGGAGCUCAUUGCUGACUGAGGGAGGGAGAGCAUUAAGAUAUUUCUAGUGUAGGUGGUCUCUCCUCUCGUGUCCUUUGCUAGAACAAGUCCACAUAGUAGAUCGUACUGUUUUUUGGUUGUAAAAAUAAGGAUGUGAUGGUUUGGUACUUUUCUGUUUUCCUGAAUUGUUGUUAACAGAGGUCGUCAAGUAAUCGGGAAAUUUAGACUUGUUCUUGUUGCCAAUGUGGUUUGGGUUUUCUCUCUCCAACAAUGAUAUGGUUCAGUUUGGUUUUAUUGAUCUUGCUUGUGUCA